GUCGCGAACACGCGGCGAGCGUGCGCGAAGUGCGAACGAAUGGACGCGGAAUGAAGUGGGAACGAAAAGUUUUUGCAACAAUGUGAUUGUGAGUCAUCAAAAUCAAAGUGUAAUCAACGGGAACAUCUGAUUAUUGUUGAUAAUGUAGCCAUUGUUCGCGUUGAUUAGUUCACAGUUUCAAUGUGUAGUGUUAGUUAGUGUUCAAUAAAGUGUGGAACGCAAGCUAGCAAGAUGAUGCAAGGAUUACUGGACUCGCUGUACAGGAUCUAUACAGAUUGGCGUGCCCCGAUGGCGGAUGAAUCGGAGGCGUCUAGGAGGCGAGUGCCGGCGCCCCCGCCUCGUCAGUCCUCGCGGCCCCCCGAGCCGCGACCGCGGACCUACGCGCCGGGCCCCGCGCGGCCCUCCCUCGACCUACCGGCCCCCCCGCGUCUGAUCCGGCCCUCCGAACACCUGGCCAUAGUAGAGCGGGCCAUGGAGCGCAGGCCCCCGCCGCUAGUGCCGACGAUAACGGUGGUGCAGGGCCCCAGGCCGGCCCUGCCGCCGCCGCCGCCGGUGCACAGGCCCGUCCUGCCGCCCCCGAUGAGAAUGCCGGCUCCAGUGCCUCACACAGUGAUGCGGCUGCCGCAGCCGAGGAGAGAUGUUCAGCCGCAACCGGUCGCUCACGCUCAACCGUUGGCGUUGCCUCCGCCGACGGCUGCGCCCGCGUCGACGGGCCCGCUUCACGCCGCGCCGCGCACCAUCGUCAUCCAGCGGCCCGACGCGAGGCACGGCUUCGGGUUCACGCUGCGACACUUAGUUGUGUACCCGCCGGAGUCGCUGCAGGUUGGUUUGCUAUGA